CACAGCUGUCCUGCCCCCAGCAGCCUGGAGCACUCAGACGCUGUCCCUGAAGCACAGCCCCUGGCAGAGAAGCUGGUUAUUCGCUUCCACCACUCGGAGGCUCCACCCGCUCCGGUCUCCCCUGGCAACCGUCUCCAUCAGGCUCAGCCUUCUAAUUUUUUUUCACUCAGCUAUUGGGCCGGCUGUCCCAGCGUGCAAUGCGCGAGCGGGAGGUUUGGAGUAAUAGGUGCUUCUGGAACAUGGCGAUUUGGCUGCCUUGGAGAACUAUUUCUGUCUCCUGACCCGUCGAGGAUGGUUUGGAUUGAUUAACGGCCUCAAUUGGAAUCCCCUUGCAUUUGGACCGGGGUCAACACAGAGACUGGAUGUGUAUUAGGAUGGCUAGCAACCAAGAAAUGCCAUUUAAGGAGCAAGCAAAAUUCUUGUCUUAUAAUGGAGAAGUCCUUGUUUUUCAUUUGUCCAAAGCCUAUUUUGAAGAUUGUGAAAUGCCUACAGACACGUCUGCAUUAUAUGUCAAAAGGAUGCUAUUUGACAGAGAAAAAGGAGCCUUUGUUCUGAUCUCCACGGGUUUUUUAAGGAUUAAGGAGAAAGCUUCACAUUUAAAAAUUCUGUCUUGUAAAUGUGUGUCAGAUUUCAAAACUGGAAUUAACCUCCCUUGCAUUUUGAUACAAUAUCAGAAAUAUAAUAGUAGAGACUUCACCUAUUGUAUACUGUUUCUUCACAAUCUGAAUAAAUUUGAACGACAUUUGAGCUUCACACUCGAUCAUGCGCUGGACGAGAGCUUAAAGAUCUUUGACGGUCCUAUAAUUUUUUGGCAAUAUCUCAACAAAUUCUUCUAUAUCUCUUCCCAAACUGGAGAGGUUACCAACAUAUCAGCUACUCUUUCUUCCGUUGAGUGGGUAGGUGAGAUCGAAAAUUUUGGUGUAGGAUUUUUGGGGCUGGCAGAACCACCUGCCGCUGGUACCCAUAAGUUUUCAGAAUCAGAUUGUGAAUUUUCUGAUUCCAACCUUUGUGCAUAUGACCUUAAAACUCAAGAAAAAUUAAGCACUAGUUACCUGAUCCCUCUUGCUUAUAGUAGUAUUAUAACUCACGUGCACGUCCGUGCUGCUGAAAUGGUCGACCAUCAGCUACGAAUGGCUCUGAUUGCCCUGACGCAAAAGAACCAGCUCAUUUUGUUCCACAAUGGCAUUCCUGUACGAGUAUGCCAGCUUCCCUUUGUAGAUCCUUGUUCCGUUCAGAUCCUCGAUUCAGGCAAAAGAAACCGAUUUUUCAUCGUGUCAUUCAACUCCAAGGCUUGUGCUGUUUCGGAAAAGAAAUUUAAGGUUGUUGCUAAGUGGGAACAACUUAGCUUAAUCUUGAUAAAUGACUUUGUUGGAGUUGGAACUGAUCAACUACUGGUCAUUUUUGAUGCCGUUCUGAACACAGAUCAGCUGACUUCAUUUGCUAUAACAGAUUUUGUCAGAAUAAACUUUUCAACUGAACCACUGGAUUAUUGCAUUGAAGACCCUUUUGCUGAAGAGGAACAUGAAAAUUAUUAUUUGGUGCUUCCGGCACUGGAAGCACAAUUGGAAGCUUCAUUUGUUUAUCUUAACAAAUUACAGAAGCAUAUCUCAUUUAAAGAUAAAUUUAUUGCAAACUCUUGGAAGAUUCUUUUAAACUCAAUUUAUGGGAACAUUGAUAUUUCGUCAAACGAUGAGGAGGACGAGCUUGUUCCAUUCUGUGAUGAAGAUGAAAGCAGUAUCCAUACCCCUGAGGAAAAGGUAUCAGAGAAUUUUCAAGAGCCAGAACAUAUUGUAAAGCAGACAUGGUGUCGUGAGAAUUUUCAAGAGCCAGAACAUAUUGUAAAGCAGACAUGGUGUCGUGUACUAGACGAUGACUUAGUAAUUGGACUGAAAGUCACAUCUUUGAACCCCUCUUCCAAUGAAAUGACUUUAUCACUGAUAAUGGAUCAAAGCAACAGGUCCACCUUUCAGCUUCUGAAGUGUCAAAGUCAGGUGACUAGGUUGAGUAUGUAUUCUUUUCCAGAAGCAGACUUGAAGCCCGUGGAAACAGGACCAGAGACAAAAAGGAUCAAGUUGACCUCUGGUAGCAAGGAAGAAGAAAACUCUUCUUGUGAACAAUUAUCUAAGAUAGAAUCUACCCACAUAAUUACUGCUGUCACGGCUCUUUCACCACUUCUAGUAUUCAGCAAACUGUGUUGCACUUUGCUGUUAAACAUUAGUGACAGAGAUAGUGUUAAAAACACCGUGCAUGAUUAUGUUAUAUGUGGCAGCCUUGAUUUUAAUCUACAAGACCUUUUUAGUAUGAACCACCUACUGGCAUUCCCAAAGAAGGAAUCAAUAGAACAUAUGGAAGAUCUUUUAUUGCUUCUUGCAGCACUGCACAAAUAUUGUUUUCUUGUCACAUCGCCUACCCAUGCCCCGAAUCUAAUGAAGAUAUGGCUCUUGAAACACAUGAAAUGUGAAAUAAUCAAUGGAUUUAGAGAAAUAUACCUUUAUAAAAUGCUCCGAAAUUGUGGGGCACUCUUCUCUUGGGAGCCGAGAACAACAUUUGAAGGAAUUUUAACAGUCUAUUGCAGGAAUGAGGGAGUUUUGUUCCACUGUCUUGACCAACUGAUCAGAGUUCUCCCUGAAAGAUGUUUCUUCAGUUAUCUGAGAUUAGGAAAUGAGGCUUUCCUAAUGGGUCACUGGUUAGACACUCUGGAGAAGGAACUAGUUACCUUUUGUUCUCUUUCCACUUCUGCCUUUGAGUAUGCUAGAGAUGGAGCUAUGCAUAAGACAAAUGAAGCAAAGAAUAGUCCUGCAGCUGCUUCAGAGGAAGAGAACAAGAUCUGUCUGCACAAGCAGGAAGUGCAGAGAGAACGAAUGAUAAAGGACUUGAAUUUGAAAGUGAAUGGCAGCAGUUAUGUGCAGAUGACUUUGGCUUUAGCUGAGACUCAGCUGAAAUCAGACCUUAUUGCAGAGAAACUGGCCAAUUUGUAAUUGCACUUUCAAAGUCUUGUUUUAGGAUAUUCCAGCUAUCAUGAAGUGUUUAAUUUGCUAUCCUUAUUUAAUAUAAAGAUUAAAACUUAUUAUAAUCCCUA